CUCUCUCUCCCUCUAGAUUCAUCAUAUUACCAGUUCUCCAACCUCUCCUCUCUCUCCAGAUUUUUUCCCUUCUUCUCGUAGGGGAGCUUCAAAAUGGGGUUCAUAUCGAGGCGGGUUUUUCCGGCAUGCGAGAGCAUGUGCGUUUGUUGUCCGGCUCUCAGGUCGAGAUCUCGACAGCCCGUCAAGCGUUACAAGAAAUUGCUCGCUGAAAUCUUCCCCAAGUCCCUUGAUGGUGCACCAAAUGAAAGGAAAAUUGUCAAAUUAUGCGAGUAUGCCGCAAGAAAUCCAUUGCGUAUCCCCAAGAUUGCUAAGUUUCUUGAAGAGAGGUGUUACAAGGAACUUCGAUCUGAACAGAUCAAGUUCAUCAGUAUUGUCACUGAGGCUUACAACAAAAUGCUUUGCCUCUGCAAGGAGCAGAUGGCUUAUUUUGCCACGAGUGUGCUGAGUGUGGUUACUGAACUACUUGAUAACUCAAAGCAGGACUCAACGAAAAUGCUUGGAUGCCAAACCUUGACUAGAUUCAUUUAUAGUCAGGUUGAUGGAAGUUACACCCACAACAUUGAAAAUUUUGUUCACAAAGUAUGUUCACUGGCUCAUGAAGAUGGGGAUGAACAUCAAAAGCGGUGUUUAAGAGCGUCUGGUUUACAAUGCCUUUCAGCCAUGGUGUGGUUUAUGGGAGAGUUCUCUUAUAUCUUCGCCGCUUUCGAUGAGAUUGUGCAUGCCAUUCUUGAUAAUUAUGAGCCAGACACUACCGACCGAGCAAAUGACGACAGAGAAGAACAAAAUUGUAACUGGGUCAAUGAAGUGAUCAGAUGUGAAGGCCGGGGAAUAACGGUUGGUGGUGGUAGUAGCCCUAGCUACAUGAUUCUCAGACCAAGAACUGCAAGAAAAGAACCAUCUCUGCUAACAAAGGAUGAGACUGAGACACCCAAAGUAUGGGCUCAGAUUUGUCUGCAAAGGAUGGUGGAUUUGGCUAAAGAAAGGACAACUCUUCGACGAGUCUUGGAUCCUAUGUUUUGCUACUUUGACUCUAAACGACAGUGGACUCCUCCAAACGGUCUGGCCAUGACUGUCCUGUCUGAUGCUACCUAUUUGAUGGAAAACUCCGAGAACCAGCAGCUGGUUUUAUCAACUGUUGUACGCCAUCUCGACAACAAGCAUGUAGCUAAUGAUCCUGAGCUCAAGGCCUUUAUUGUACAAGGUGCCGCUUCUUUGGCAAGACAGAUCAGAACAAGCUCGUCUCUUCGUGAUGCAAGUUUUGUCAGCGACUUGUGUCGACAUCUAAGGAAAAGUUUCCAGGCAACAGCAGCUGUUGGAGAACAAGAACUGAACUUGAACAUGAUGCUUCAGAACUCUAUUGAAGAUUGUUUGCUGGAGAUAGCCAGAGGAAUUGGCAAUGCGCAGUUGUUGUUUGAUAUGAUGGCUAUUGCAGUGGAGAGGCUUCCCUCUUCGGGAGUUGUUUCCCGUGCCACAAUUGGAUCAUUGUUGAUACUUGCUCAUGCGGUUUCAUCAGCAUUAUCACCAUCUUCGCGCUCACAACAGGUGUUCCCAGAUGCGCUUCUCGAUGCCCUUUUGAAGGCAAUGCUGCAUCCCAAUGUUGAAACACGUGUGGGAGCACAUGAAAUAUUCUCUGUCCUUCUCAUUCCACGUUCUAAUCAAUCUCGGACUGGACUUGCCUCAGUGAGAUCUUCUGGUUAUCUUAACGAGCCAAGGAACUGUAGGACCGAUAAGACUUCUGCUUUUACUCCUAUUGCUGCUCUACUAGACAAGCUCAGAAGAGAGAAGGAUGGUUCCAAUAAUGACAAGAAUGGAUAUAGUGCUCAUGAGGAACUCAAGAACUGCAAAACCUCCCCGAAUUUUCACAAGUUGAAUUCGAUUAUUGAUAAGACUUCUGGGUUUACCAAUCUGGCUGAUACGAUACCAUUCAUGAUGAAGUUUACUGAAGAUCAAAUAGGGCAAUUGUUGUCAUCAUUUUGGAUCCAAUCCACUCUUCCUGAUAAUUUACCUUCAAACAUUGAAGCUAUUGCUCAUUCUUUCAGCUUGACGCUUCUUUCCUUGCGAGUGAAGAAUCUCAGUGAUGGGCUUGUUGUCCGUGUAUUCCAGCUUCUCUUCUCACUGAGGAAUCUAUCUCUGGACCUGAAUAAUGGCACAUUACCUGUGAUAUGCCAUCGAUUGAUCCUUGUUCUAUCGAUGAGUAUGCUGAUGUUUGCUGCCAAAAUAUAUCAUAUCCCUCACGUGUGCGAUCUUCUGAAGUCCCAACUUCCGGCUGAUGUGGAUCCCUAUUUGUGGAUUGGCGAUGACCUGCAGCUUCACGUAAGGCCACAGACAAAUAUGAAAGAGUUUGGGUCCUUGAACGAUGACCAGAAGAUGGCUGCUUUGACACUAUUUGAAAUGCGAAGCAAAGUAGAAGAGUCCAACGCUAUUAUAACCGAUAUUGUAGCAAAGAAUAUAUCCAAGAUUACAAAGCUUGAGGAAGCUGUUGUAAGCAUGGAACUCUCUGAGCCAUUCACUCCCGAUGACACGUUUAUAUUCGGUCCACGAUCAACCAUCGAGUCUGAUCCAAACCAAAGUAUUUCCAAGGACUCACUGUCCUUUGAUGAGGACAUUCAUGGAGGUUCGAUGGUUGAGGAAGAUGUGACGAGUGAACUCUCUGUUGCUGAUAUUUCCCGUUUCUUACCAAAACCCUCCCCUUCACCAUCUCUUCAUCAUGUUAUCAGCGUUGGCCAGCUUAUGGAAUCUGCGCUUGAGGUGGCUGGUCAAGUGGUAGGAUCAUCCGUCUCUACCUCACCGCUUCCUUAUGAUGCAAUGGCUAACCGCUGUGAGACCUUCGGGUCUGGGACCAGACAGAAGCUCUCAAAUUGGUUGGCCAGCGAAAACCGCCAGAUCAAUGGACUUGGCAGAAGAGAUUCACUGGCCAACCUGUCAGUUCUUGACAAGGUAGGAGAUGCCGAGAGCAUCACAGGGCGAGAAGUGGGUCUCCCACAGGAGCAUUGGUCCACGAUGAGGCUGCCACCGGCUAGCCCUUUUGACAAUUUCCUCAAGGCGGCUGGAGCCGGGUGCUGAGACAGCCGGAAGAUGAGUGGAACUAACUUCCGAACUGCCCGAAAUGUGUGUGUAGAAAAACAUCUCUCAGUGUAUUCAGUUCUGUAAAGUCUUUGUAUUAGGGUAUUUAGAUUUAGGGUUCUUAGUUUCAAGGACAAUUCGGAUGUCUCUGUAGUCAAGAGGCGUUAUAGGUUGAUUGGUAGUAAUCAAUCAAAGCAUAGUUGCUUUGUUGUGUUUCAGUAGGACUAUUACCUUGUUGUGUCCUAAGGCUGUGUUUCAGUGUUUAACUGUUGGUAUGAGGACGAAGAAUGUAUUGUAACAAUUGCGCGUAUGCUUGCGUUCAGCGUUUUCAAUCGCAAUCGCGUUUGGCUUG